CACAUACACACACACCGGUGCUGUGCGCCCUCGUGCGCCGCCUGUGCUUUAAAUGUUCCUAUUGCUGAUUUCUUUGCGGAUGUUUUCUCCGUCUCUCUUCCACUCCAUCUUCAACGCGGAAGUCAGUUACGCACCGCCUCACACAGCUGCUCGACGGGGACAAUGAAAUAAACAAAUCGUCGUCACUCAUUAGCCCAACACAGCGGAAGGACUGGGCGAGGUGUUGCAGUUACAGAACCAUCAUGCGCUUUGCUCUGGGAGCAGCACAGGACGCGUGUGUGUGAGCAACCCUGGUCGGCCCCCGCUGGGAUGAACAUGCCACUGCACCAAAUCUCCGUCAUCCCACGGGAUGUCACCUCCUCGCGGAUGUCGGGCAGUGGGAAAGCGAAAGACAAGGACAAGCAGAACGUGCAGCAGCAUGAAUGCACUGGUACCCUUGGCCUCCUAAUGAGCUUUUCAUUCGGCGCUGUAGAGGACUGUGGACCUGCAUUGACAUUCACCUCCAUCAACCAGAAAAUGAGCAUCGAUGAGACACGCCCAGCAGACACUGAGAAGGGCCAGAAUGAAAAGCCUCUAGGUCAUUCAGCUAGCAGAUCCAGCAAUAUAUCAAAGGCGGGGAGCCCGACCUCAGUCAACGCCCCAUGCAGUUUCUCAAGGACGUCCGUUUCCCCGUCCAGCCAGGACAUCUGCAGCAGUCAGGAUCAGGACACUCAGAAACAGACUUCGGUGGUCCUGUUGAACUCCAACGGUAAAACGUCUGACGGUCUUUCAGUGACCACCGUCUGCGCAGACUCCCUGCACAGCUCCAAGUGCGCCAAGCAGAGAGACUGGCUGUCUGUGCUGCGCCCCGCCUCCGUCGGCAUUCGGCCUAAAAACUCCCUCAGGUUUUCUCUGUCUCUGAACGACGUGGGUCAGCGCGUGGACAACCUUUGUCGCGGGCUGCACUUCAUAGAUCGCACAUGCUCAGAGGGAGAGCUGGACGUGAAGCCCGAGCACGCCCAAUGUCCCGACGGCAAGAUGCUCAUAGAUGACCCGGUCGCCACGUCCAAGAGGGAGAGCAGGGAUGCUCCACUUUCAACCCGGACCACCCUCUACCUUGUCCCCUCCCUCACUAACAACCACAAAUACAUGUUGGGCAACCCAUCCGGUCCUCCUCCUCCUUUCCCUCCUCCUCCUCCUCACCCCAGCAGUCUCCUCCAGCCUCUUUCCACUCCGGGCUCGAACUUCUUUCGUCUCCUCCUUCCUUUCUCCCGAUCUUCCACCUCUGCCAGCCUGCAGUGCUCUGAGCUGGGAAGCUACGCCUCCCACCUCCACAUCACCAAGUCCUGCAGCACGCUGCUAGAAGGCACAGAGUCGGGCUUCCUCUCACAAGGAGAUGACGGCGUGUUCGAAGUGGAGCACAGUAAAUCACCUUCCAAGGGAGCGAGCCAGACGACGGCCCUGGAGACGCUCGGCGUGUCUGGGACUCUUUUAGCCCCGCUGUGCUAUAUGGACGAGGACUCGGACCUGGAAUGCUGUUCGUCGCCUUUGACGGAGAAAUCAGGGCCACUGUCACAUUAUUCUCUAUCAGGGGACUGCUGCAGGAUUUGUCACUGUGAAGGAGAUGACGAGAGUCCUCUGAUCACACCGUGCCACUGCACAGGGAGUCUGCGCUUCGUCCACCAGGGCUGUCUGCAGCAGUGGAUCAAGAGCUCAGACACCCGCUGCUGUGAGCUCUGCAAAUACGAGUUCAUCAUGGAGACAAAGCUCAAGCCACUGCGCAAGUGGGAGAAACUCCAGAUGACGGCGAGCGAGAGAAGGAAGAUCAUGUGCUCGGUCACCUUCCACGUCAUCGCAAUCACCUGCGUGGUUUGGUCGCUCUACGUCCUCAUCGACAGAACGGCAGAAGAAAUUAAAACUGCCCGAAGAAUCCCAGAACAAGUCCAAUCGAAUCACAUAAUUGCAACUUUUCUGUCUUUCUUUCCAAACUUUUUGCACAUUUUAUUGCCGUCUGCUUUGUGUUUGACUCGCACACAUGAUUCUCUUUUUUUGUAUUUUGUCUGGUUCUCUCAUUCUCAGGUAUCCUGGAAUGGCCUUUCUGGACCAAGCUGGUGGUGGUGGCCAUCGGCUUCACGGGCGGAUUGGUUUUUAUGUACGUCCAGUGCAAGGUCUACAUCCAUCUAUGGAAGAGACUCAAGGCCUACAACCGUGUCAUAUACGUGCAGAACCGGCCGGACACGUGUAAAAAGGUGGCGCUGGAGAAGCCCCCGCUCAUGGAGCCGAGCCUGGAGAGCAAGGAGGCGCUGGCCCCCACCCAGUCGGACACAAACUCCUCUCAGUACACAGAGACAGAAGAAUACAGUAUGGAGGUCCUCCACGUCUGACACAGAGUUCAUUUCAUAAACCCCACCCCACCCAUUUGUGCUUGCAGAAACAAGCGGGAGGGAAGAGUAGCGCUCGACAUUCCCCUUCCUCUGGUGGUAGACCUGACCCUCUGUCCUCUCCCGAUUCCACCUGCACUCUCCAUCCGCACUCUGACCUUUCCUUCCCCGGGACCAGAUUGUUUGUACUGACUUCUAUAAAUGUCACACAAGGCCUGGAGCUCGGCACUCUGCACGCACUGUUCACGUUCCCCUUCGGAUGAGCAGAUCAGAGACACAAAGACUCCCUGGAAGCUCAUCCUCCAUGUUUUAGGAGUUGGUUUUUUACCUCCUGUAAGUGUUGGAUCAGUACACCGCCGUACAUCUCUGGAGCGUUCCACAUACUGCCAUCUCUGCACCGGUCCAGUUCUGACCGGGCCUCGGAAAUGCAUUGAAGCACUUUUUUGUUUUUUCUUGAAGCUCUACAACAACUCCUCCCCUCCCUUUUAAUUCUCCUCGCUUUUUAUUCUUGUUUUGUUCCUUGGGAAGAGCACAGAGAAACUUUUUCCUUAAAUGCACAUAUUCCUACAGACUUACCCCUUUGAUGGCAAAAACAAAAGGAACUGAGGUGGGUAAAAGGAGGUUAAACCUGCUGAAGGAAAUGGAAAGGGUUGACACCCCAUUCCUCUGCCCCCAACACAUGAACUUUUUGAAGGCUUUGAGAAUGUAAUCUUUUCUAAAAAUGAUUAAAAACAUAAACAAAAUUUAAAAAAAUAUUUUUUUUACUAGUAACUGGACAGUGCAAGAAUAAUUUCCAUGUCUUGAGGAGGUAAUGUGAGCCUGCAGGCGUAUAACAGCAUUACUUUUUCUUUUUGUUGUUUUUGGGGUUUAAUAUCUUGUGAAUGACACAGUAUUUACAGCGUGAUAUUUCAUGUGCAGUUUUUAAUGUGAGCUGAUGUGUUUGCUUAGUCAUGAGACAUUACCACUUCAUGCCUCGAGAAAUGAACAGCUCACUGUUUUCAGCUUCUUCUUUUGUUGCUUCCACAGUGCAGCCUGGAAUUAAUUAAACCUUCACAGCCUGCUCUGAUUAAGAACCCAACAGAUUGUUAAUGUGGCUUCUUUAAUAUUUGCCUCAUUUUUACUUCUGCAGGACAGGGCAUUUAGAUUCCACCCAUAUCCGUUUUUACAGAGAGUUUUUAGAGGACUGGAGAAAAUGGAUAAAUUGCUGUCGAGUUGUUUCCAGACACUCGGAUGCUCCAUUUAGUCUAUUUUAGUAUUAUGUCACCAGACAGACAGCAUUAAGCCUAUGAUUUCUUGGGGGGUGGGGGGGUUUCCAUCACAUUACAUCCAGCUACAUGUUAUUUGGUAUAAAGGUGAUCCUUACUUUUACAAUCUUUACCUUUGCAGCCUGUGUUGGAAACGAUGAGCUGGCUGUGUCGCCACCUGCUGGUUUGCAGCUGAAAUUGCACUCUGAAACAGGCAGCGGUUGAUUUCUCUAGGCUCCGUUUCUUUCAUUUGUGGAAACUCAGCAAUGCAAGAUUUUACAGCCAUUCAAACAACAAAGAACAUUUUUAAAAACUCACCGAUACCAGUGUGCUAUCUGUGAUCAAUAAGGAUGAGUUACUGCUCUGCAGCAGCAAUAAUUUAGAAGCACAGUUUUUUUUUUUUUUGUUUGUUUGUUUAUUUUUUUGUGUGAGAAAACAUACUAUAUUUAUGUACAAGCCCAUAGUGAUUUAAGAUCUGUUUAAAUAGAAAGCAUGAGCCAGGGGAGCCGUCGCCGCCGCAAGUCAGGUUUGAUUAAGAACCGGAGACGCUUCCCAGAAUCUUCAAUACCCAAAAGGCUCAGUGCAAUUAGACAGAUUUAAGAAAGUGCAAUUAAGAUUUUUUUUUUUCUUCUGUUGUUCUUUUACUCUAAAGGUGUUUAAAGGUCAGGGUGUCCUCUGGGCGGAAAACGAAAUUCUUUAUUUUUGUGCUUGUAUUUAUUUUUUAUCAGAAAUAGGGUACACUUUGUCCAUUUUAAACCCUCCCUUCUAUUUCCAGUUUUUACGCAACUUGCAUCUAUCCUCUUUUUCUCUUUUUCUUUUUUUCUCCAGGCAUGUACAAGAGAAAAUCUCUUUGGCGCUUUUGUGUUUUGCACAGUUUUUCAUUCAUAUAUUUAGUGAUUUAUUUUUUUCUCCCUCUCUCUUCUUUUAAAAUCAGUUGUUAGAACUUGUUUUAAAUAUGCAACCAGAGCUAAAAGCCACAACAUUUAACUUUUAGAAACGAAAUCACCUCGAACUUGAGCUGCAGUUUCCCUGAGAGAGAAGAUUAAACGUCAACUUUGUGGUUUCCACUUACUUUCAACUCUCAGGAGCUGGCUCCUUUCAUGAAGUUGAUGGUUUUAAUGUAAAUUUCUCUUUGAUAGUCAUUUGCUUUUGACUUGAAUUGAUUCAGAUAAGCAUGAAAAGCCAGAAGUUUUAUUAUCCACUUGACAAAUUUCUGUCAUAUUGUUCAUAAUUCAUGCCUGGGAAACUGAGCUUCAUUCUUUCUCUUUCAACCUCAAUAUUUUACUCUCGGCUCUCUUGUAUUUUCCCUUGAUGUUUUUCUUUUUUUUUUUUUUUUUCAUUAUACUGGAUCAUGUCUGAGACUAGUGGAACUUGCAUUAAAAAGCUCCAUUUGUUUACUACUGACUGGACUUGAACAUAUAUGACUGUUUUCCCCUCCUGUCUUAUAUCAUUCCACAUGUUUUUGUCUGUGAAUUUGCUUUGAGGUAGUAACUGUAAAGAGUUUGGUAAAAGUAUGUAAGUUUUUAAGAGAAAUCUUGAUGUGUUUUCAGUUGAUUUCCAAUGUUUGAACAAAUAUGUAGAAUUAAAAAGAACAACCAAAUAAAAAUUAAGUUGGGUCUUUUUCA